AUGCAGACAGCCAUCGCCGAGGCGGCUCGCGGCCGAGUUCCAGUUCGGCAUGACGGCCGCCUGUUGUAUGAGUGGGAACAAGACCUGACGGAUGUUCAUAUUUAUCUCAAACCACCACCAAAAACAGAAGCCAAGGAAAUCUCUGUGCGAAUUUCCCCCAAUAAGUUGGCCGUUGGCCUCAUAGGAAAGCCGCCUCUGUUUGACGAGGAACUGUCUUCCACAGUUGAAACCGCCGCGUCUUUCUGGAUGAUGGAAGAUGGAGAGCUGCACAUUCAACUCGGGAAAAUGCGAAAAGGAGAAGUUUGGAAAUCCGCGCUGAAGGGCCACGCGACUCUCAACCCCCUCGCUGCAGAGGAAGUUCAGAAAAAACUCAUGUUGGAGCGUUUCGGAGAAGAGCACCCGGGAUUUGACUUUUCAGGUGCAACGUUUUCGGGCUCGGCGCCAGACCCGAGGAGCUUCAUGGGGGGCAUUUCGUACAAGUGA